GAAAGAGGAAGAGAGGCUUCGGUGAUUCUGGGGGCCCAGCAGAUGGUCCAGCAAGAAAGAAAGCGGCCAAAGUGACUGUUAAAUCCGAAAACCCUCCGGUUAUUAAGGAUGAAGCCCUCAGUGAUGGGGAAGAUUCCAGGUGCACUCCGCCCCUGCCCAGCUGGACUUCCCUCCUUCACUUGACACGUGCUCACGCUCUUCCUUCUGCCUGGAACGGUUUCUUCCACCUUCAAGAUGCAGAGCAGAAGUCAUCCCCUCCACAGUCUUAAUUGAUUCCUCCCCCUUUUCCUCCUCGGACUUCUUGCUGCAUCUCGGACUUCCCGAGUGCCCUCAAGAAGGUGCACCGUCCAGAGAAAGAGGCUGCUGCGGACAAAGGUGGGGGUGAAGGGGGCGACGAGGAAGAGAGUGAGGAGGACUGGGAAGAGGUAGAAGAAGUUAGUGAGCCCGUGCCGGGUGACGUGGGGGAAAGCGCAGCCUUCUCUACAUCCGCUCUGCCCGUGAAGCCCGUGGAGAUAGAAAUUGAAACACCGGAGCAGGUGAAGGCAAGAGAAAGAAGGUACGAUUAAGCACUUGCUUCUAGUUUCUGUCACGUAUCAUCACUGGCAGCUGCUCCUCAAUGAAAAACACAUAGGAGACCCGGGCUGAGUGUCAGAGCUGUCAGGAGCGUUAGGGGAGAGAGCCCUGGGCUCACCUUUAGGACUGAAGGAGACACCUUUGUGUCCUGGCUAGGGCAGGAGGUGUGCCAGGGGCUCUGCAGGUUGCCCGUCAUCUUACUCCGUCUUUAGGACAGUGUGCGAAUGAGGAGCCGGAGACUCAGAGAGGUUAAGUAACAUUUCUGCUGUGAGUGGAUGCGCCACGAUCUGCGUCCCUCAGGCUGACCCGGCAUUGCUGUUCGUCUCCCCAUGUCACUGCAGGGCCUGCGGCAGUGCCUGCUGCAGCUAGGGGCCCCCACUCCUCUCCAGGGUCCCCAGGCCCUCGGCAGCCCCUGGCAGCCCGGCCAUAUGGAGUGCGUCUCCUGGUAGUUAAUUGGUUCCUGAGGCCCCCGUGUGAUGGGCACGUUAUUAGGCCUGAAGGAGGGAGACAAUAGCAGUCAGGAAGCCUCAGGUUUUCCUCAGGAUGCUUGGGACACAGACAUGAGAGAGAUUUUACAGCAGAACAGCAUCGCACAAACAAGCGUGCGCUAACUUGACGUAAGGCAGUGUGUGCUGAGGAGCCGGUCAGUCUUGGGGGCGGAAUAGUCAGAGGGGACGUCCUGGAGGGCGGGCUCUGAAGCAUGCUUGGAUGGCGGGUGGGCGCAGGUCGAGCAAGGGGAGGGAACGUCCUGGGCCAGGGCUCGCGGGUAAGGAGGAGUGGGAACAGCCAGCCUGCAGGUCUGCUGAGUAGCACAGCCUCAGUCAUUGCAGCUGAAAGGCGUUGACCCUUCAUCCUCCGAGUUUUCAAUGUGCAUUGCAGUGAAAAGAUAAAAACGGAGUUUGAGACAUAUCUUCGGAGGAUGAUGAAACGUUUCAAUAAGGAAGUCCGUGAGGACACACACAAGGUUCACCUUCUGUGUCUGCUUGCAAAUGGCUUCUAUCGAAAUAGCAUCUGCAACCAGCCAGAUCUGCGUGCCAUCGGCCUCUCCAUCGUCCCAACUCGCUUUACCAAAGUGCCACCUCAAGACGUGGACGUCAGCUACCUGUCAAACCUGGCGAAAUGGUUCAUUGGAACAUUUACAGUUAAUGCAGACCUUUCAACCAAUGAGCAGGAUGGCCUGCAGACGACGCUGGAGAGAAGGUUUGCUAUUUACUCUGCGAGAGACAGUGAAGAGUUGGUCCACAUAUUUUUACUGAUUCUCCGGGCCCUACAUCUCCCUACCCGACUUGUACUGUCUCUACAGCCAAUUCCUCUGAAGUUAUCAGCAGCGAAGGGAAAGAAACCUUCCAAGGAGAGAUCCACAGAGGGUCCUGGAGGCUCCUCAGAAACUUCCAGCCAAGUUCCUGGAAAGCCAAGCAAACCAGAGACCAGCAGAGGAAGCAGACGAGAGGACAUGUCUUCUGAGGGCACUGGCAGUGCACCUGACAAAGCGAAGGGGAGCAAGGCGGCUGCCACCAGGAAGAAACGGAGAGAGCCCUCCUCCAGCAGGAAAGAAGAGGGCAAGGCCGGGGGGCAGACGGAGGGGACCCAGAGGCGUUCGCGGGGCCGGGAGCGGCAGGCGGCCGCCAGGGUGUCUUACAAAGAGGAGAGCGGGAGUGACAAGGCCAGCAGCAGCUCUGACUUUGAGCUCUCCAGCUCGGACAGCCAUCGCCCAUCCGACGAGGAUUCUGAGCCAGGCCUUCCAAGGCAGAGGAGGGCCGCCGCCCCUCAGAGGAUGAAGGUGGGGUCCAAGAGGGAGUCCAGGUCCCAGCGUGGAAGCGACGGUCAGUCCCCUGGCUUUCCAGAAGCGUCUGUAAGCGCUUCCAGCAGUAAGCGUAAGAGAGGCAAGCGUAAGAUGCCCGUGGAUGGUGAGGAAGCAGACGGCCGGAGAGCAGCUGGUGUGGACCAGUGGCUGGAGGUGUUCUCUGAGCAGGAGGAGAAGUGGGUGUGCGUGGACUGUGUGCACGGUGUAGUGGGCCAGCCCCUGACCUGCUACCAGUAUGCCACCAAGCCUGUGACCUACAUCGUGGGCAUCGACAGCGACGGCUGCUUGCGCGAUGUCACACAGAGGUACGACCCUGCCUGGAUGACGGUGACCCGAAAGUGCCGGGUUGAUGCCGCGUGGUGGGCCGAGACCCUGCGACCCUACCGGAGCCCGCUGGUGGAGAGGGAGCAGAAGGAGGACCAGGAGUUUCAGGCGAGGCACCUGGACCAGCCUCUGCCCACCGUCAUAGGCAUGUACAAGAACCACCCUCUGUACGCCCUCAAGAGGCACCUCCUCAAGUACGAGGCCAUCUACCCCGAGACGGCCGCCAUCCUCGGGUACUGCCGCGGAGAGGCUGUCUACUCCAGGGACUGCGUGCACACCCUGCACUCCAAGGACACGUGGCUGAAACAGGCCCGAGUGGUGAGGCUUGGAGAAGUGCCCUACAAGGUUGUAAAAGGCUAUUCCAACCGGGCCCGGAGAGCCCGCCUGGCUGAGCCGCAACUGCAGGACUACAAUGACCUGGGCCUGUUUGGCAAGUGGCAGACCGAGGAGUACCAGCCGCCAGUGGCUGUGGACGGGAAGGUCCCCCGGAACGAAUUUGGCAACGUGUACCUCUUCCUGCCCGGCAUGAUGCCUGUCGGCUGCGUCCAGCUGAACCUGCCCAACUUGCACCGCGUGGCCCGAAAGCUGAACAUUGACUGUGCCCAGGCCGUUACGGGCUUCGAUUUCCACAAAGGCUACUCCCAUCCCAUAACCGAUGGCUACAUAAUCUGUGAAGAAUAUAAAGAUGUGCUCCUGGCCGCCUGGGAGAACGAGCAGGCGCUCAUUGAGAAGAAGGAGAAGGAGAAAAGGGAGAAGCGGGCUCUGGGGAACUGGAAGCUGCUGGUCAAAGGGCUGCUCAUCCGGGAGCGGCUGAGGCUUCGCUACGGGGCUCAGAGUGAGGAAGCCGCUCCCCACGCAGACGCAGGAGGAGGACUCUCUUCAGACGAGGAGGAGGGGACCAGCUCUCCAGCGGAAGUGGCCAGGAUCCUGGCAGCCUCCUGGCCCCAAAACCGAGAGGUAGAGGAGAAGCGGAAGUGCCCCCGGAAGAGCAGGAGGGAGGAGAAGGAGGCAGCUUCCCACCUGUUCCCAUUUGAGAAGCUGUGAUGUGAGUGGUCACCUCCUCAGUGGCUCAGCCGUGCCCCAGACCUUGCUCCCGGAUAGAUCCCUCCUGCGUCUGACACGCGUGCUGUUGCAGACUCGGGCCCCUUCUCUGCAGGCCCCUCGUUGCCCUCAGUCAGGUCCCUGAAGCCGCCUGACGCUGUGGGGGGAAGAGCAGGUCAGCGCAGGCCGUCUCAGGGUGACAUGGCUGGACCUACAUUCCCAGGUAACACUUCGUGGUGGCAGAAGACUAGAACAAAGAGCUAAAGUCAGGAAAGGAAAGGACAAACGAUGAGAAUUAGAGAAAUGUCAGGAAGAGUGGAUCAGUGUUAAACGAGAUUUUAUUCAUUACUGGAUACAUUUAUAAAGCCUUAUGCACUGUAGAUAUUUAGGAGAAAUAACUUUUAUAACAUUUUGAGGAAAAAAAUAAAGCAUUUCUC